AAAAAAAGGAAAAAAAAACCCCCCGUGUUUGUCUCGCUUCCUUUCCUUCUCCUCCCAGCUCAUACUCAUUGUCAAUUGUUUGACUAGCUCUGGAAAUAUAUCAUCCAACCCUACUCACCCUCUUCCUUUCUCAUGGCACUAGGUCGCGGACAGGGGUACCAAACUCUCAGGAAUGCUAGCAACACAACUAAUGAUUCUUCCUCUGAAGGGCUUUCGCCACAAGUCUCUAACCCCCAAUCUAGAUCCAAUGCUUGGACUAGUUUGACUAGGAUGGUUUCAGAUCGCUCUAUCCAAAACGAUUUUGAGCUGAAUCCUGUUAACGACCGCACAGGACUCACAGCAAAUAUGGCACGCUCAUCUAUGUCUCCUUCCUUACAGGAUUCACAAGAAGAUCUUUUGACUGGGGGUGAUCCUUCGUCUAACGUCCAUCUUCAGCCACUAGGAAACUCACCCCGGCGCCAUAGAGGCUUCCACAACAAUCCUUCUCUCGCCAACAACAAAUCUUCUCGAUCCACAUCUUCUAAACCUGGGUCACGUCUCGCCUCCAUGAAACAGGUCCUGGGAAGAGCCUCCACCCGAGUCAUCAACAGUUCUAUAUCUUCAAGGGACCAGCAACCCUCUGUACCUGAAAUACCUACAAUAUUCAUAAGACGAUCCACAGAUGAUUUACAGCAACAGCAGCAACAAUACUCUUCACAGGAUUAUAAUCUUGGUCUUGACCAGGACCAAAGACAAGGUUUAGACGCACGAGUGAGCUCGGAUAAUUUACAACAGAAUGAUGCCAGGAAAUCAAGGACUUCACUCUCUCCAUUGCCUGAAGUAGCCUAUGCUCAACCAUUGCCUGAAGUAGCCUAUGCUCAACCAUUGCCUGAUGAGGUUCCGCCGAUCGAUCCGACACUCGAGGGCAAAUCACUCUUCAUUUUUGGACCCGAUAAUGCAUUUCGUAAAAAGUUGAACAAAUUCCUGAAUCAAAUAUGGGUAGAAUUGUUCCUACUUUUACUCCUAAUCCUGAAUUUAGUUUUUCUGAUUGUCACAGUCUCAUCGCCAGUAGGACAGGAUACUGUUUGGGGGGCACAUUGGACUGAUUAUGGACUCUUUAUAAUAUUUGUUCUGUAUACCCUUGAGAUCGGAGCAAGGAUCAUUGUUAAUGGGUUGGUAUUAUACCCUAAGGAUGGAGAAAAGGUUCGGAAGCUUUUAGGCAAGAAGCCAAGGACAGAUAACCUACAUGACACCAACCCCACCAUUCUCCGAAAAGAGAGGACGAUGGCAUUAGCACAGGCACAGGCACAAGCGAAAGGAUCAGGACAGAAUCCAAUAAUAGGGAUCACCUCAGCACCUACAUUUAGACAGACAGAGCAGUCAUCGAUGCUUUCUCCUAUACAAGACAGACCGGGAGGGAGAGCGACAACGAUUAUUGAUUUUGCGGUUGGACGUCAGACAACGAUGACUCAAUACAUUCCAACCUAUCUAGACCCACUGAUCGCUUACAGACCUCAGUUUGUGGUUGUAAAAAAACAGAUUCCAUUCCUCAGACAUACAUUUAAUCGGAUUGACAUGGUUGCUGUUAUCUGUUACUGGAUUGAUUUCACCCUCAUGCUCUCUGGUGUUCACGAUGUCUACUUUUUCAAGACUAUUGCUGCGAUGCGAACACUUCGUUUAUUGAAUAUCACAUCUGGAUCAUCUACUAUUCUUCAUUCCUUAAAGAAGAGUGCGCCUCUUUUGGUUAAUGUUGUGCUCUUCAUCGCAUUCUUUUUCAUUAUCUUCAGUAUUAUUGGAGUCCAAGCGUUCAAAGGAUCAUUUUCGCGACGCUGUGUAUCUGCAACGAACGAGACAGACGUUUUGGAUCAAUUCUGUGGAGGCCAUUAUAGUGAAUCGAAUCCUUUAGCAAUAGAGCCGUACAUCACUCUCAAUAAUGUCUCAAGUCCAACUCUUCCGAAAGGAAACAUCUGUUCACAUGGAUACAUCUGCAAGGACACUGGAGAGAAUUACCACAAAACAGUGUCAUUUGAUACUAUUUAUUCCGCAAUGGUUCCGGUCUACAUUCUGAUGACUGGGCAAACAUGGACGGAUAUGAUGUACAGAAUCAUGGAUGCGGAGUACGGCUGGUCCUCCAUUUACUUUGUAUUGGUUGUCUUGGUAAUGAACUUUUGGAUCCUCAAUCUUUUCGUGGCGGUGAUCAAUGAGAUGUUUGCUAAGAUUCGUGAUGACUCUGCAAACAAUUCAGCAUUCAAAUCCGAGGACAGUUACGAUAAUAAGAAUGAGAUCCUGAGUGAGAGUGUAAACAACUUUACAUACAGUGCUAAUAACCUGUUCAGUCGUCGGAAGCAUUGGAUAGCUGGUACAGAGUUUAUCUGGGUCGCGGCUGUCGUGGUUGAUCUGGUAUUCCAGUGUAUGCCACGGUAUAAUGACUCGUAUGAAAAAGCCCAGCGAUAUGAGCGGAUCGAAUUCUGGUUUACUAUUGGGUUUGCAUUAGAAAUUUUGUUCCGUUUCCUGGUAUUCCUUCCUGUGCCCAAAGAGUUUUUCAAGAGCAAGAAAAAUCAAGUGGACUUAUUCCUAGCUGUGGUGACUAUGAUCAUCCAGAUUCCACCCAUCCAUAAUAGUCGUGCUUACGUCUAUCUUACAGUAUUCCAAGUAUUUAGGAUAUACAGACCCAUUAUCUAUGUUGAGCGUCUUAAAUCUCUUAUUCAACGAGUGGUCGGUAGCUGGAUUGGACUACUGAACUUGAUCUUCUUCAUCGCAUUAUUCUUGGGAGUUGUCUCAGUCAUGGCAGGAAUCUUGUUCCGAGAGAUCAUCAAUCCUACAUCCACGAGCAUGAACUUUUCAGAUUUUUAUGUCAGCUAUCUUGGGAUGUACCAGUUAUUCUCAGGAGAGAAUUGGACAGAAAUCUUAUACAGCGUCAUGUCUGCGGAGAUCCUAUACGGCCAAGUCUUCAUUGCCACAGUAUUUAUCAUUGCUUUCUAUAGCUUUGCUAACUUCGUACUGGUGAACAUGCUAAUUGCCAUUAUCAUGGAGAAUUUUGAAGGCGAAGCAGAGGUAGCGAAACAUGCACAGCAGAUCUUGGAUUUUGCGGCUAGAUCCGGAUACUCAAGGGAAGAAGAGAGAAAAUUUGUCAUUUACCUCACAAAGUAUCUUAAGCCUUACCCAAAGUCAAUUGGCGUGGAUGGUAUGCAAUCAGGAUGGAUCAUCAGGAUGCGCAAAGGACUUGCGCGCCAGUUUCUAUUGGGGGAUAAUGAACUGUUUCAUGGAUACGAAAAGGACCCAUUGUUGGAAUCAAAUCAUCCUAAGAAAAAGGCUCAGCAUUUUCAACAUCGUCAUCAUCAUCGUCGUGCAUCUAGUCUAAAGAGUGUGGACUUUGGGUUUGCUCCACGAUAUGGCCCAUUGAAUCAGGAUGAAAUCGAUAACACUGAACAAUUUAGACAACUCUAUUCUGCUCGAGUUCCAGGCUACGCCAAUGUGGAUGAUAAUGGCCAAGAAGCACCAGCAGUUCCACAGGCGACAACAAUCAAAAAGCAAAAAUCAUUCUCCACAGAAGCUCUUCGUCAUCGCUCUUUACUGAUCUUUGGACCGGAGAACAAGUUUAGACGAUUCCUUCAACGAAUUGUGACGCCUGGUCGAGGAUAUCGUAUUGAGGGUGCGCAUGAAAAUGUGAUGUUGAGUCGACCAUUCAACCUUUUCAUCACUUUGGCAAUUUUGGCUUGUGUUGCUGUAGCAGUGAUCACGACCCCCGCUUGGCGAUUCCAUCAGGCGGAAUUACCACCCGAGCAACAAUCUGUGGUGGUUCCUAUUUCGGAUUUUGUCUUCCCAGCCAUCUUUACUGUCGAGUUCUUGAUCCGGAUCAUUGCAGAUGGAUUCAUAUUCCCACCAGAUGCUUAUAUGAAGACUCUAUGGAACAAAAUCGAUUUCUUUGUCCUCCUCUCAUUUUAUGCGCCUCUAGUUGCCAACUUGACUAAUUCUCAGGGUUCAUCUCGAUUCUUCCGAUCGUUGAAGGCAUUGCGUGCACUCCGUCUAAUCAACCAAUCGGCUUAUAUUAAGGGCACAUUCCAUGCUGUGUUAGUCGCCGGAUUCCCUCAACUGUUCAAUGCCACUUUGCUUUCCAUGUCAUUGAUAGUGCCAUUUGCAAUCUACGGGAUGCGCAUGUUUUCUGGCUUGUUCUACUCUUGCAAUGAUACCAGUGACGAUAUCCGGACGAUGAAUGAUUGUGUGGGCACGUUCUUGGAUCCACAUACCAAACUUUUAAAACCUCGAGUCUGGUCCAACCCCGAGGUCUACAGCUUUGAUAACUUUGGAGCAUCCUUCUUGAUCUUACUUGAAAUUGUGUCACAGGAAGGAUGGAGUGGUGUGAUGGAAACUGCAAGGAAUAUUGUUGGGCUAGGAAUGCAGCCAAGUCAGGAUUAUUCUCGAUACAAUGGUAUUUUCUUUGUAUUGUUCAACCUUUCAGGAGGCUAUUUCGUGACAUCACUGUUUGUAGCUAUUGUAAUUGAGAACUACACAAAACGAACAGGAACAGCGUUCAUGACAGCGAAUCAACGUCGAUGGAUGGACUUGAAAAAGUUGCUUGGAAGUAUCAAGAUGAAGAAGGCUAAAAGGGACCCGCCAGCCAAUCCGAUUAAGGCAUUCUGUUUUCGGUUGGUGGCGCCCAAGAAAGGAUGGUUCCCUCGAUUGAUUGCAGUUAUAACGGUUUUGAAUGGCAUCUUGCUGGCUACAGAACAUGUGAAUUCAGGCGAUUGGGAAGGGCUCAAGAAUUGGAUCUUUUUAGCUCUGCUUUCAAUUUAUAUGAUUGAAAUCUUUGUCAAAAUCUGUGGACUGGGUUGGAGUGCAUUCAGAAAGAACAAAUGGAAUAUUUAUAACAGUACAGUCUCAAUCCUUGCCUUGCUGAUCACGGUGGUGCGAAUCAGUGGGGCCACCUGGCAACCUUUGGUCCAAACACAGAAACUGUUAUUGACUGCAAUCCUUUUCCGAUUGGUGCCGCAGAGCGAUAGCUUGAAUCAGCUAUUUACGACUAUGGCUGCAAGUAUUGGUUCAAUCUCAAGUUUGUUGGGGGUGUGGCUCGUGGUGUUUGCGGUUUAUGGCAUCAUGUUUGUCGAGAUUUUUGGUUUGACUUCGUAUGGCUCGAAUGGUUCAGAGCAUGUCAAUUUCAGAAAUAUUGGCACGUCGCUUCUGAUGAUGGCUAGAAUGUCAACAGGUGAAGGAUGGAACGACCUGAUGCAUGAUUUUGCGGUCGAGAAACCAAGCUGUGUGAAUAAGCCAGAGAACUACCUUCUCUCGGAUUGUGGAUCGACACCUUGGUCGUACACACUCUUCAUCUCCUUCAAUAUUAUUUCGAUGUAUAUCUUCACCAACAUGUUCAUCGUUGUAGUGAUGCAUAACUUUUCGUACGUUUAUCAGAUUGCGCCCGGAUUCUCACUCAUCAAUCGUGAAGAGAUUCGUGGUUUUAAACGUGUUUGGUCUGAAGUAGACACUGAGCAUACAGGGUAUAUUCGUGCAAAGGAUCUGGCUAUGUUCUUAAGUAAACUACGAGGUGUAUUCGAUAUGCGCAUCUACAAUGAAGAGCACUCAAUCAUUAAGCUCCAAUCAAAACUCGAGACCGUAAAGCCUAAUUUCGUCAAGUUGUCAGCACGCGAUUUGGAAAAGAACGCUGCGGCCGCUGGCCCUAACUCUCCUCGAAAGGUCCUGAUGUUGAACCAGACGAACCGCCGAUCCACUCAUUUCAAUUGGGAUGAUGAGAAAAACGGCAAGAAACCUCUCAGUGGCCCAAUUUCCGUCCCCAUAUCUUCACCAUUAUCAUCACCACCUCAGCCUUACCAUCAAUCUAACCAUCCCAAUUUAGCUUACAAGCUCGAACAAGAUUAUAACCUUGCAGCAUUCAACUCUGCGAUUGCAAACUUGGAUAGGGCCGAUGUCCGAAGACGGCGGAGGCUAUAUAACUUUUUGUACGUUGAAGCCCUGAUGUCGAUGGAGCCCAUCCCUGGAUCCGAAACUCGAAAAAAGAAGAGCUUUUUCUCUCGUUGGAGGAGGUCUCCUUCAUCGGGCGGUAGUGAUGGAGUGGGAGAGCCAUCUAGCACCGCAACCACCACUGCUGCUGUCACUGCUCAUCGAGAUUAUGAAAUGGAGGAAAUUGGUGGUGAGAGAGGUGAAGCUGAGCCUGAAAAGGGUAUCUCGUUCCAAAAGAUGCUUCAUAUUUUGGCUCACUACAAGUUGAUUGAGGAUGAUCAAUGUCUUUCGAUUGGUGAUAUGCUCCGACAUCGACAAAAGAUGGAUCGGAUUCAUGCACGCAUCAACGUGAUCACCGUCAAGAGCACUUUACUGAGGAUUAUAUUGAGGCGACGGUUCUUGAAACAUUUUAAUGCAGUAAAGAAGAUUCGAUCAAGGAUCGAUGAUUCCCAGGAGGGAGAUGAUGAAGGGAGACCGCACUAUUCAUCUAGUGGCGUUAGUGCUAGUGCUAGUGCUAGUGCUGGCACUACAUCAGCCUCUCGUCAUGCUGGAUCCUCAGGAUCUGUACAAGAGCAAGAAGGAAGAGGAGGAACUUCUUCUUCGGAUCAAAAGCGUGUUCGUAUCUGUACAGAUGAUGCUCAAAGUUCUUCAGGUGCUGCGGGCGUGGGGUCUGGUACUGGUGCAUCAUUCGUGAGCGGUGGGAGCGGUGGAGACAAGUCUGCAGUCGAAUUUGAUGAUACCAUCAAUCCUGAACAGGCUGGUGCCCUGAUCGAUGGCCUGCGAUCUGAAUGGCGUUCAUUCAUAUCAAACAAUGAACUAUCAAUGGAUAAUGGCAUAGAGGAUACGGGACUCGAAGCAACCCAGAACCUGUCGCUGAAUGAUUUUGAACAUUUAUCAGCGAGCGCUGAUCUACCAAGAAAUGACGUCCUUGGUCGAGAUUACCUCUGAGAAG